AUGGGGGGAGUCAUGAGCAGCGUCCUGCCGGGCUCCCGGAGCAGCCGAGUGGCUCCAGCUGCUCCCAGUUCCCCCAUGGCUCCCGCUUUUCCGGAGGCUCCCGUGGGCUCCGUGCCAUGCAGAUGCGGCCCCGGCUGCUCCCCCUGUGCCACAGCGGCCCAGGAGCUGCAGGACCUGCUGGUGUCCGUGUGUGCUGGGAACGGGAGGUCCUUCCCAAGGGUUUCCCUGGCGUGGCAGGUGCUGUGGGAGGACCUGGAGAAGCUGGUGGAGAGAGGCCACCUGUACUGCUGCCUCGGUGAUUCCUGCUGGAUCCCAGGUGGGAAAGAGCCCGUGGACAGCUCUCCCUACUCCCUGGGAGACGCGGGAAUGAGCAAGGCCAGCUCAUCCCUGAGGGUGCACGUGGCCAGGAAAAGCCUGGAAGUCAAAAUGGGAGCCUGGCCCAUCCCAGUGGUGCGCUCCCAGGAGCGGGUGGAGCGGCAGGAAGGGUCAUCCCAGCCCCCCAAGAGCCUCCGUUCCUCUGGAAGCCUCCCGUGUUCCCAGGAGCGGGUGGAACGGCAGGAAGGGUCACCCCCGCCCUCGGAGAGCCUCCAUUCCUCUGGCAGCCUCACUCCUUCCGAAAGCCUCCCCCUCUCCAAGAGCCUGAGCGAUUCCUGGCGGGCUCCAGACGGAGAGGACGCCGUGGACAGCUCUCCCUGCUCCCUCGGAGCAGCGGGAAUCAGCAGAACACGCUCGUCCCUGAGGAUGCACGUGGCCAGGAAGAACCUGGAAGUCAAACUGGGAGCCCAGCCCACUCCAGUGAAGAGUUCCCAGGAGGAAGUGGCACAGCAGGAAGAGCCCUGGAGCCACCAGUGCCCAAUCCAAGGAUCCCGGGACGCUGCGGUGGUGCCAACUGGGAACAGCCUGGGCUCGGUGUCGGAGAAGAUCCUCCAGCAGCAAAGGGAUCUGGAAUUCCCCCAUCUCCAGGGAGCUUUCCCAAGCUGGCUGUCAAAUUUCAGGAGGAAGUUUCUCUUGGCAGUUCAGAUACUCCUGCAGAUCCUGUUCUCUGUCACGUGUGGCCCCUCGUGGCUCUCGGUGACGGUCCCGCUCCGUGUCCUGGGGAGCCGUGUGGCCGCUGGGGAGCUGAUCCUGGGCUCUGGAUGUGGAGUCACCAGUGCUGACAGGGAUGGAUUCCGGCUGGAGCACCCACUCCUGGGCUGUGGGACCACCCUGGAGGUGAGGAGGGGUCACCUGAACCCUGGCCUGGGCAUUCCUGGGGGGCCGGGGCGAGGGGGAAACCCCCAGCCCCAAAUCCAGCCCCAAACCCACUCCUUCCCACAGCUCCUCCCGGACAGAAUCCACUACGGGAACAUCCUCCACUACCACCCCUCGUCCAGGGGGCCUGUGGCUCAUGCCAGACCCUUCUCCCUCCCUGUGGAGUGUAACUACCCCAGGACAGGCACCAUUUCGUCCAUGCCCAUCCAUCCCACUUGGAUCCCCUUCGGCUCCACUGUCACCCACCAGAAUGCACGCUUCGCCCUGGCCGUGUUUGACCGUUCCUGGUCCUCCCGCCCGUCCCACCCCUCCUAUUCCCUGAGGGAGCUGAUCAACGUCCAGGCGUCCGUGGGCACCGACCCCCGGGAGCCCCUGAGGGUGUUCCUGGACCAGCACGUGGCCGCUCCAGGCGCUUCCAAACGGCUGGAAUUCCGUGCCAUCGCUGACAACGGGGGAGCUCCGCCGCUGGAAUGGGGGUGCCUCCCGGAUGGGCAGCUCGGCUGCUCCCGCUCCCUCCCGCGGCGUGGAAACCACUCCCUCCGCUUCCAGCUGGACACUCUCCUCUUCCCAAACCUCUGCGGCAGCCAGGUCCGUGCCAGCGGGGGGGGCUGGGGGCACGGGGUGACACCUCCAGAGCCUGGUGGAGAAUCCACGAGGAUGUUUGUCCUGGCAGGUCGCUGCCACCUGCGGGCUGUGGCUCCAGGGGCCGGAAACCUCUCUGGAAAAGCCUGUUCCAGCGACCGGGAGGCAUCUGCCUGGCAUUCCCUGGAUGCUGGAUUCACUGGAUUCGACUGUUCGUGCUGCGGGUCCCCAAAAGGCUGUGGGAGGCGUCGACGUCUGGCUGGUGGAGGGCUCCUGGGAGAAGCCGGUGUCCACCUGGGGCUGCUCUCGGCUCGUCCCAGCCCGUCCCCAGCCCCUCUGGAGCCCACCCCGGCCCCCCCUGCCCGCCCCUCGGUGCCUGUGCUGCAGGGGGACAGAGGGACUCAGGCUGGUGUGAGCCCCCCAUGGAUCCGGGGGCAGGGGGGGCCUGAGGGUCCUCAGGUACCCACGGUGACCCCCGGGAGCCCCCCCGCUCCCGCCGAGCCCGUCGCUGCGUGAGCAUCCCUGUUUCGGGAAUAAACGCGCGGAACUGCCCGCGGCGGCCGUGGGUCCUGUGGACGCCCCGGGGGUGCUCGGUGCUUGGGGGUGGGGGGC